AUGGCGGCGGAAGCGUCGCCUACGCAGAUGCUCAUGUCGCUGCUUGCGGCGUGCCAGCUGGACGCCAUCAUCAUCGACCACGACGACCCUCACUCCACGGAGAUCCCGCACCCCGCCUUCGGCGCGUUGGAGUUCGUCUCGAGCUUCUCCGGCAGUUGGGGCAAGGCCGUGGUUACCCGCGAAGGUGCAUGGCUGUGGACCGAUUCGAGGUACUACAUCCAGGCCGCUCAGCAGCUGUCGCCGCCGUGGGAGCUCAUGCGCUACGGCCAGAAGGACGUCCCGGACGUGGUCAAGUUCCUGAAGGAAAAGCCGUUUAAAAGGGUCGGCGUCGACGCCAGCACCACUCCACACAAGGUGUUGACGCACUACAAGGACAACUUGAAGGACAUCGAGUUUGUGGAGCUGCAUGACAACCCCGUCUACAAGGUAUGGGCCGACCGGCCGCAGCUGCCCGUCGACCCGGUGUUCGUCCACCCGGAGAGCUUCACCGGAAUGAGCGCCGCUGACAAGUUGGCCAAGAUAAGGAGUGAAAUGGACAAGGCCGGUGCCAAUGCAGUGGUAUUUUCGUUGUUGGACGAAGUCGCGUACGUUCUCAACCUUCGCGGCCGUGACCUGGAUGUCUCACCGCUGUUCUACGCGUAUCUGAUAGUCGAGAAAGGUGCCGCCACGCUGUUCAUCGACUCAAGGAAGGUCACCGACGAAGUGGAGGAGGCACUCAGGUCGUGCAACGUGACCCGUGCCGACUACGGCGAGCUGCCCGGCUACUUGGCGUCCAUCACCGGCAGCUCCGAGGCUCAGAAGCCAGGAGACAAGUUCAAAUUGUGGGUUUCACCGUGCGCGUCAGUCGCUAUUUGCAACUCGUUCCUGUCCAACGCCAGCGAGAAGAUGCCGCGCGAACUGUUGCAGGAGGAUACCCCAGCAUGUAUAAUGAAGGCUGUUAAGAACGACGUCGAGCUGGAAGGCAUGAAGGAGGCCCACAUCCUAGAUGGUAUCGCGCUGGCCGAGUUCUUCGCCAAGGUGGAGGCUAUGAAAAGUGACGGCACUCUGUUCCAAAGCGAUGAGAUGGUACUGGGCGACCUCAGCACACAGUGCCGCGCUGACCUCAAGGAGAACCGGGGCAUUUCCUUCCAUCCGAUAUCGUCCAUCGGGCCCAACUGCGCCAUCGUCCACUACCGCGCCACGGCGGAAAGCAAGGCGAAAAUCGAGCCUCAGAUGUAUCUGCUAGACUCCGGCGGGCAGUACGGCGGGGGCACCACCGACGUCACCCGCACGGUGCACUUCGGAACCCCCUCCGCCGAGGAGAAGGAGUCGUACACCCAGGUGCUCAAGGGCCACCUGGCACUGCGGCACGCCGUUUUCCCCGAGCAGACCCCCGGCGCCACCUUGGACGUGCUGGCCCGCCAGUUCCUCUGGAGCGCUGGGCGCAACUACUACCACGGAACCGGGCAUGGCGUGGGCGCCUACCUCAACGUACACGAGGGCCCGAUGUCGAUAUCGUCGCUGAUGAAGCCCCGCAUGGGCAACGUGAACGUGGUCUACCUGGAGCCCGGCAUGGUGCUGUCUAACGAGCCGGGCUACUACAAGGAGGACCACUACGGCAUCAGGAUCGAGAACAUGGUCUUCGUGCGCCGCGUGGAGGGCGACUUUUCGAAGGACUACACCAAGUUCCUGACCUUCGACGACCUCACUAUGGUGCCCUACUGCAAGGAGCUGAUGGACCUGGCCAUGAUGACCGAGCAGGAGGUCGAGUGGGUGAACGAGUACCACGCGCUAAUCGCUGCGACGCUGAUCCCGCGCAUGGAGGCGCUGUCGAUCGCCAAAUACGCCGCCGCCAUCCAGUUCCUGCGCGACGCGGCCGUUCCGUUGCGGAAAUGA